UUUUAAAUGUUCACUUAGUAUUCUUUUAGAUUGCAUUCUUCUGUACUAGGGAAAAACAGAUUAGCAGAUUAAUUCAUUCAUCUUGUAAAGGAACACAUCUUAGGAGUGAAUAUUUCUUGGCCUAUCUUGGAUUUAUGCUCACUCCCUGGCCUGGCACUGAGUCAUUUUAGAUAGAAUGGAGCUUGUGAUAUGGGAGCCUGGCUAAGAUUUCCCUACUUUGCGACAAUGAUGUGUUUCCUUUGCUGGAAUUAAGGUUCUUAAGGGCAUACUUAUUUUCUUUACUGAGUGGAGCAUAAGCGGGAACUGAUAUGAAAUAUUUCCAUCCUGUGCAGUUUUAGGGCCAUGGCUGAUCCUGGGAACAGAGGAGGGAUCCACCACCCCUUGAGCUUCACCUGCUCCCUGCUCAUUGUGGGAAUGUGCUGUGUAUCUCCUUUCUUCUGCCAUAGCCAGACAGACCUGCUGGCUCUUAACCAAGCUGAUCCUCAGUGCUGGGAAUCCUCCUCAGUGCUUCUCCUGGAAAUGCGGAAGCCUCGCAUUUCCAACACUGUUUCGGGCUUCUGGGAUUUUAUGAUCUACCUGAAGUCAUCUGAGAACUUGAAGCAUGGAGCACUGUUUUGGGAUCUGGCUCAACUCUUCUGGGACAUCUAUGUGGACUGUGUGCUCUCUAGGAACCACGGCUUAGGAAGGAGGCAAUUGGCUGGAGAGGAAGAGAAAAUCUCAGCAGCACAGCCACAGCACACAAGGAGUAAACAAGGUACAUAUUCUCAGCAACUAAGGACCUCCUUACUAAAGAAGAAAGAGUUGAUUGAAGAUUUGAUAAGCAUGCAUGUGCGUAGAAGUGGGUCUAGUGUUAUUGGAAAAGUGAACCUGGAAAUAAAGAGGAAAUAAAUUGAACUUGGAGCUAAUUCAUGCUUUGGAAUUAAAUAUACAAAUAUAUAACAUUUUUCUU